ACAUGGGUGGUUUUUCCUCCGUUUUACUGGUUUGGUUUUAUGAAAAAGUAGGGGAAUUAGAGUACACUUCAGAUAUUGAAAGGUUACCGCCGCUCUUUUGUGUGAAGAGUACUGGAAAGUGGAGGAGGACUACUAUGAACAAAUUAUAUAGAGUCCCGAAGUUGGUUACGGAUAAUGGCCAAGAGAAUAAUCCUCUUAUUCAUACGGCAUCGCCAAUAGUAUUUGAAUCAAGGAAAGCUGAAUUAAUUUUCUUAAUUGCGGAGAAGACGUACGAGUUGAAUGAGCUCACUACAGAAUUACGAGAAUUAGAAGAGCGUAGUGCUAGAUGCCAAAAAAAAACCAAGGAGAAAGAGGAUGACCGAAAUGUAACUGAAGAAAAAAAAAUCAAAGAGGAUAUGGAAGCUAAGGAAUAUGAGAAUUUGGAAGGAACUGGGGAAGCCGAUUUAUGUGAUCUGAAAAAAAAAAAAUCAAAGAGGAUAUGGAAGCUAAGGAAUAUGAGAAUUUGGAAGGAAUUGGGGAAGCCGAUUUAUGUGAUGACUUUGUGA